GUCAAAGGGAGGGGGAAGGUCAAACAAUAUUUUGCACGAGUUCACUCUCUAUGCAAUACUCUCCAAUCAAAGUCGCAUGGUGCAUUCCCUGGCGCGUUGUGAGGAUUGACAAGCCGGGAUAGCUGCUCAACAGAAACAACAUGACGUAGAUCCCUAUCGAAGGCGCUCUGGACCAUCAAUAAGUUCUCGCCUCUCAACACCACUACCAUAAAAUCAAAGAGUUGUCCAUCGAGCUCCCCUCUUUCGCUCUUCCUCUAAUCUCAAAGCUUUUCACUCUAAUUCGUUUCAGUCGAGUCCCAAGCACUCGGUGGCUUACUAGGGCUUGUGUAGCUCUGAUACUGGCUUUCACCGUCACCCGAGCUCCAUUCACUCCACUCACUCUCGAUGUGGGGGUCAAAGAAGGACCACCCGGAGAAUGGCAAUGACUCUCAAGGUCCGCAAGAUGAUCGCUCAUCUACGAGAAGGAGCCUCGAACGAAGAGAACCAGACGAACGAACAAGACUUCUUCACAAUCGGCCUCCCGCUUCCGACGGUUAUUUGGAUCCAGACGAUCCGGCAGUUUCCCCAUACAAUCUUUGGUCCGUCCGGUUCCUUCGAUACUUUACCGUGCUCUUCCUGAUGAUAUCCUUCAUCUGGUGGGUGCUCCUUCUCGUCUCUAUCUUCGUCUCCCCUCCAGGAAUGCACUCCCGCGGUUCCGGCUUCUUUGACUUCGCCUACGCGUGCCUUACCAUUGGUAAUCUCCUCGUUGCUGUGAUCUUCUUUGUCGCCCCCGCAAAGGCGAUGCGUAUCACCACCGCCAUCAUAGCCGCGCUACUACUAGUUGAUAUGAUUAUAAUCCUCGCUGUUCCUCGAAUUCGAAUUGAAGAAGGCUGGGUCGGGAUUGCGUCGGUUGUGUGGGCUGUCUUUAUCGCUCUAUGGUGUAUCAUUACAGACCGUGUCGUUGACUGGGGUAAGCGGGAGGAGGAAGAGCGGCUAACAGGCCGACCGGAAACCAGACGAACGCUGAAGGAAUGGUUCGCGGUUCUAUUGGCAACAAUCUUCACGAUAGUCUUCAUCCUCAUCACCGUCUUGAUGACCGGAACCCUUGGGAUUCGGGCUCGAGAUGCAACGCUAGGAAUGUAUGGCGACCGAAUCUUUGUCGACGGAGACAAGUAUCAAGUCCAUCUCGCCUGCAUAGGAAACGUGACAUAUACAAAAGGACAGAAAGAUGCCACCAUCCUUCUCGAAGCCGGUGAGACGCCCUUGGAAUAUGACUUUGAACACUGGGCCUAUGGCGCCUAUCAAAACGGCACCAUCUCGCGUUACUGCUACUGGGACCGCCCAGGAUACGCCUGGUCAGACAAUGCUCCCUCUCCACACUCCGCCGGUAUGUCGGCGGACGCCCUUUCUGAAGCUCUCGCGAAGACUGGCGAGGAAGGCCCAUGGAUUCUAGUCUCCGCAGGAAUCGGCAGCAUCACGUCUCGAAUCUUCAGCUCCCGACACCUCAAGCAAGUCACCGGCAUCAUGCUCGUAGACCCUUUACACGAAGACCUACUUCACCGAUUAUCGAGCCCUGGGCGCGGUUUUAUUCUCUGGGCCUACGGCAUCAUUUCGCCGCUGGGCCUGGAGCGACUCAGUGGUGCUCUCUUCAAAGGCCGGACACGGGAAGACCGCGUCUACGGUCGGAACGCCUAUCAAUCCGGCAAAUACAUUAAAGCGCAGCUUCAAGAGAACCUAAUCGCCGACUCUCUGUCCAAGAACGAAGUUGCCUCGGCCCGCAAUAUCCAGAGUGCGGAUACUCCGGUGGUGAUCGUAAGCAGUGGAAUUAGGUGUAGGACGGAUAGUGAGUGGGAGAGGAAGCAACAUGAUUUGACUAAGUUGACAGACAAUCUGGUCAGUUGGGAUGUAGUGAAUCAGGCACCGCAUCAGGUUUGGGACACGUAUGAUGGGAGGAGAAUUAUGGAAAAGAGUUUGGGCGCGUUAGUGAAAGCUGCGGGUAAAAUGAAGACACUGGUGAUGGAGGAGGCAGCGGAGUAGGAGGAGUUAGAGGGGCGAGGAGCGAGGAAAGCUGAUUUAGAUGUAAAGAUUCAUGAAAACUAUGAGGGAUAAGUAUUCGUUUUGCUUCGUUUCGCUGUAUUAUAUCUGUACGGCAUACGUCUUAGUUCUCCUAAAUUGGUACGUUUCUCCGUCACUCUGUCCCCUUCAGUAUUAUAGUCUUCAUUUUAGCGACUAUUGUGAUUGGCUUAAUUCUAGCAAAGGGUAAAGCUUCUUGGCGGUAAAAUUGUAUAACAUUGUGUAAGGACAGAAAAGCGAUAGUGGUAAGACCUUGG